AUGGAAACCAAGCACGAUGUUGAUAUCGUUCACUCGGAGGACAUUGCUGUCCAUAGCCACAAUGCUGAAGACCCACGGCCGUGGUACAAACAGCCUGAGCUUCGGAAACUCUACCUAAUGAUGCCAUUCCUCUUCCUGGGCUCAACAACCCUUGGUUACGAUGGCAGUCUCCUUAAUGGACUACAGACUAUGCCAGCUUGGAAAGAGUGCUUCGGUGGCUUUGCUGUACUUCUCUUCACGCCGUACAUCGCCGAUAUACUGGGUCGAAGAAUGGGAACAGCAGUAGGAUGCUGUCUUGUGAUACUCGGGUCCGUCAUACAAGCACUUUCGGAGCGCAAAAACCCAGAUGCCAUGUUUCUCGCAGGUCGGUGGAUCAUGGGCAUGGGCAGUAACAUUUCCAACGCCACAUGUCCGCUUCUGAUCACGGAAAUUGCGCAUCCUCGUCAUAGAGGAAGGGUUACGACCAUUUACAACACGCUGUGGUAUCUCGGGGCCAUCAUUGCCGCGUGGACAACGUAUGGUACAUUGAUACACAUCGCUUCAGACCUGUCGUGGCGGCUGCCAGUCGGACUUCAGUGCGCCAUGCCAGGCAUACAACUUCUCAGCAUUUACCUGCUUCCCGAGUCACCACGAUGGCUGAUCAGCAAGAACAAGCACUCAAAGGCAAAGAAAAUGCUCACCAAGUACCACGGCAACGGUUCCGAAACCGAUUUCGUCAAGUGGGAGUACAACGAGAUCAGCCAGACUUUGGAGGCCGAAAAAGCUGCGAGUGCCGAUAGUGGUUGGUACGAGUUGGUCAGAACACCCGGCAACAGGAAGAGAUGUCUGCUCAUCGUCCUGACGGCCAUAUUUUCGCAAUGCUCGGGUAACGGCCUCGUGUCCUACUACCUUUCCGCAGUGUUGAAUACCAUCGGUAUUACCAAAACGUUUCUCUUGGAUGCGCUUUCCUUGUCGACCGUGUCGGGACGCCGCACGCUCUUCCUGACCGCCGGCAUCGGCAUGCUGAUCGCGUUCACAAUAUGGACUGCAUGCAGCGCUGUCUACGCUCAGACUGGCAAUUCAAGCGCUGGUUCGGCAGUUUUGGCCAUGAUCUUCUUUUUCUAUGGAGUCUCUUACACCGUCGAGAUCCUCCCAUAUCGAAUCCGGGCCAAAGGGCUCACGCUCUGCUUCGUGUUCACUUCACUCGCUGGCAUCUUCAACCAAUACGUCAAUCCUAUUGGACUUGAGGCACUCGGCUGGAAGUUCUAUAUCGUGUACAUUGUGGUGCUGGUUCUGGAGUGUCUGGCAAUCUAUUUCCUAUACGUCGAGACACGAGGACCGGCGCUCGAGGAGAUUGCGAUACUGUUCGACGGGGCGGAUGCAAAUGUUGCCGGGACUGAUUUGACCUUCAACCAAAAGGGAGAACUGAAAGUUGCGAAGCGUGCUGAGACAUGA